AUGUCGAGAUUGAUGGAGACGCCAAAAUACAACAUGCAAGCCAAAACAUAUGAUCGCUUGAUGAUCACCUUAAAAAAUGAAAUGACCGAGUCAAACAAGAAAAGAGAAAUUUUGGAAACGGAGCUAAAAGAAAAGUCGAGACCAAUGGUUUUUCGUGAGGCUGCAGCCAACUUAACGUCUUUUCUCUUUGGAGCCACAUCGGCGAUUUGCGUGCUGGUUGCGCCUGCCACGGGUGGAGCUACAAUAAUUGUUGCUUUUGCUCUUGGAGCGAGUGCGGUUGGUAGUGGAUCAGUGGCGGCUGGCUUUCAUAUAACGGGGAACAUACAAGAUGCGCGUCGAUUGAGUGACGAGAUUGCCGAGUCUUUCAAAAAACCGAUCCGGAUCCUUAAUGCCUACGAAAGAGCAGUAAACAGUAUGCGACAAGAUGAAGAGAAUGAGUUAAAAAUUUAUGUCAACAGAGCAUUAAGCCAGCGAAUCUUGAGCGGAUUUUUUCGUGUUCUUAACCCGAUCCCAAAUGCGGGAGUCGCCGCAGCUGUUAUGGCUGCGAGAACGAUUCCCUCUUUUCGAAUGACUGCUGCGGCCAUUUUGCCAGGCAUCGGAGAGAAUUGCUCUCCAAAUUUUUCAGCAGCUUGCGAUGCGCUCUUUCUCGGCUUAAACAUCAAGGAUCUCUACAAGAAGGACACGAGUCGAAAAGCAAACGAAUUACAAAAUUACACAAAACAAGUCGAUCAUCUGAUUGAAUGGGUUGAAAGGGACGUGAAAAGACGGAAAGUGGUCUACUUGUACGAUUCCUUUGUGGCCAUUAUUGGCGUUUGUGGUAAAAGAAGGACGGGGAAAAGUCUUUUACUCGAAAUGAUUCGAAAGUUGUCCAAGAAUGAAAAGGCUCUCGACGAUCCAAAGACUAGACUAAGUGAUCACAAAGGCAUUCGCUUCAAAGCCAGUGAUGAUUCUCACACAACAAACAUCGAGAUGUGGAGUGAACCAUUCAUCAUCAACUCUCGAAACAGCAAGAAAAAGUUUGCCAUUCUACUGGUGGAUACCCCCGGGAUUGCAGGCGAUGAAGCAUCCCCCGAAGUGCAUAACUUCACCAUCACUUUCAUGACGAUGUUCUGCGACAUUUUGAUUUAUAAUGCAAAAAACUUUGACAUGGAAAACCUCAAGUCAUUAGCUGAAGCGGUCGCCGUCACUAACAAGGAAAAGCCUCAGAAAAUUGGCUACAUUGUCAGUCGUGAUAUGCUCGGUCACGGUCACAAACUCAAUCACGAUCACAAACUUGGCCACGAUCCUGAAUAUUUCAAGCGGGAUGGCAUUCGAAGAAACCACCCACAACUGCUUAAGUUUAUUGAAGAGGGAUUUAAGAAGAUUAAGAUGUACAACUUCCCAAAACCACCCGAAUGGGUUCAGGAGGCAAGUCAUAUCGAUGAAGUGGCGAAAGUAUCACCACCGAGUCAAGGGAAGCACGAUGAAACUGAUGGAGAAGAGACGGACAGUGGUGUGACAUCCAUCGAGACUCUACCAUCAUUCGAUGGGGAUCCCAAUCCCACAUUUGGUGAUACCAACGGUCAAAGUGAGUUUCCCGAUAACAAUCAACAGAGAUGCAACGGCAGACUUGUGAUUGCAAAGGCCGCCGAGCUAACUGAAAACCCCGCGAUGAACUUGAUGAUUAUUCGGGAGUAUUUGGCUCAACAGACAAUGAAGUCCGCUGAAUCAUUCAUGAUCGUCGAGAUGAAGAAAAUUUGUGGGAAUGAUAUGGAGGCAAAAUUGCGACGUUUAGACAAGAUCCAUUGUGGAGCGAAGAGAAUGAUUCGAGAACGUUUGGCUGGAAAUGGCACGGACUAUGUGGAGGAAAAAGUCAAACAAUUUGUCGAAAAUUUUGCAUCGCUUUUGAGAGACAAGAAAGUCGAUAUCCUCAUUGCACGGCUCAAGCAGCUCCUUGACGAACAACGUGAUCAAUACUUAAAGCACCUGGGCAGACAAAGACACGGAGAAGUGAGUGAUGAGGGAUUUACUUGGAUAAGUGAGAAAGAACGAACUGAAGACGAAGGCGACACUCGCUCUUUGGAGGUGAUCACAGAAGAAGAUAAAUCGUUGAUGAGAAGAGAGCAUGUCGACGGAAAAGUUCAACUCGUUGCUCGACGCGGCGAGUUUCAACCUCAACGAACAACAGAAAAAAGAGUUGAAAAGGAGAUCACUUCACAGGAUACUUUGAUAGAGGAAAAUUUCGAGAUGCUAUUGGGAAAUUCGGUGCUAAGUGGACUUCGAAAAAGGCUCGUUGCUUUCAGUGUUCCUUUGGCUCAAACGGCCUGUGAGGAUUUUGCCGAGCUUGGCAAAAACUAUGAGGCUUGGGGUUACCAUGAAUUGGUGGAAAAAAUGAAACUGCCUAAUGUUUGCUUUCAAAACUCAGAGCUUGGAAUGAGCAAGCUGAAAUGCCUUGGAGCCUCAUCGGAAUCGCCAACAAAAGUACAGCAAAAUGUAACGCUU